GCUCCUUUCACCUUUCGCCGCCGCGUCCGCGUGAACAUCCACUCGGUAUUUGACAUAUACCGUUUCCAGACCAAACGUAAGACUUUUUUAUGAGACGGUGAACACACUCACACUCGAUAUACUCUCUAGGACUCAUCACUUCAAUGGCUGCAGAGGCGGGCGUAGUUGCAAAUGCAGCUGAAGGUUCGGGAUCUUGGACCUCGAGCUCUGGCCAGACGAAGCUCUCCAUAUACCCUACACCCAUACCCGAAGUUAUGCUACUCGACACUCCGUCGGCAUUAGAGAAGCGAAUUGGGAUGGUGCGGCGGGAGAUCACGGGUUACUAUACCGGCGUCCACUCCAAAACGCAGGGUAUUAUAGACCAGUGGAUCUCUGUUGAAGAGAAAGUGGAGACUCGCAUAAAAUCCUUCCGUGAUCCUACAGAGCCAUUAAAUCCCGGAUUACUUUAUACUGGAAUUUCUGCCCUGACGACAUCUGUCCUCACUCGCUCGCGCGCACUCCCUAUACGCAUCCUCCUUCCUCCUACAGUCCUAGUUAGCGCAUUCAUAUAUUUCCUUCCGGGUACCGCUUCUCGGGUCGGUGGGUAUACCGGGGAGCUCGAAGAUCGAUAUGUUCCUCGCUUUAGAGAAAUUAGAAGAACCUCUUUUGCACACAGCGGCAUAGCCUGGGAGCGCGCGAAAGAAAGUGCUGCUGCUGGACGAGAGUCGGUUAACGAAGGUGUGAAGAGCAUUGUGGAGAGCAUUGAACAAGGGACGGGGCUUAACCUAAAAGCUAUGGGAUGGGCACAGGAAGUGAAGAAGGAGGCGCAGAGUGUUGCUGAUGUGGUUCAGGAGGGCAUCAAGGAGGCUAUGGAGAGCAAGAGCUCGAGUGGCGACUCGGAAGACUCCAAGAGAUUGGUAUAGAGUGCGAGAGUGUCGUAUAUAUGGACCCUUAUUCAUAUGAGGAUAUCUCACAAGCCCAAUCAUACUACAGCACUUAGAGAACCGUGACGCUGGAAUCUUAUAUGCGGUGCUUCCAUCUUUUA